GAGAAGGACCUUGCCUCCUAUCUCCUGAACCAUUCCGAUUGCCAUUGUUGCUUCCAGAUUCUGCACGCUCUUCUUCCGAAGCAGUGGGACACGCUUGCGUCCUGUUAUAGCUCCCGAAGUCUUUACUGCCUGCUUGAUUAUCAUGUAUUUGUUGAAGCCUUCCAGAAAACCGCCAUCAGUUGAGGUCUGCUUUGUCAUUUCAGAAGCUAUAUUCAUGCAGUUAAUCUCAAACUUACAUUCCCAGCCUAUGUUCAUGAGCAGGAAGUUAUGGCUUACAUGAAACAGUCUCGACGGAAGGGUUCCCGUCGUGGAAGCUUAAACGCGUCCUCGCAUGGCGACAUCAGAAGCUCUCGUCAGACGUUUCUGGGAACGAAAAUACCAGACGUUGCGUCUGAGAUUGAUGGACGUAACCUCUCCGAGCUUUUCACUGUUAGUAGGCCAGCGCCGACGACAGACAAGCAUGGUGAUUUCUAUAGCUUACGCGCAAGUCCUACUGACGCCGCAUGGAAAAUGCAUGGAAGUUUCACCUCACACUUGCCACCGAGCUCGACCGAGCUGCUCUCUGGUGUUGAACGAUCGACCUCACCGCCACCUUUCAUCCCAGAUCCGGGAAGCUUCGAAUUCUCAAAUGGCGAUGUCAAGAGUUCUUACCACUUUUGCGGGUCGAAAAUUCCUGACGUUGCAUCAGAAACUGAUGGGAGUGGACUCUCGAUUUUUGAGAAGAGUGCCUCCAAAGACUUUUCCAUUGACGAGCCAUCAUCGACGAUUGACAGACGUGUUGAGACUCAUUCUAUGUGCACAAAUCCUACCGCGUGGACGAUGGAUGGGAGUUUCACCUCAAACGUACCAUCGAGUUCAUCUGAGCUGCUCUUUGGUGCUGAAAGGUCGGUUUCGCCACCGCCUUACAUCCCUGCCAAAGUGGAUGCGGGUUUUUCUCCAGUUGCUGAGAAAGCUGGGACAGGGGAGUCAUGGAUCCCGCAAGAGUGUGGAAAGGAGCUGGAAAAUGCUACGACUUGCGAAAAGACUACAGUGCUCAACGAGUGGGACGCGCUGCCUUCGUCAACGCCACAGAAGAAUAUAAUUGAGGAGCUAUUUGACGACCUGCCGUCGAAACCUUUAGAGUGUGGGGACUGUGUGAACGUGGAUUCGGAAGCAUGCAAAGACGUCCCUUCUAGCGAGUGGAAAACUUUGGACAGCAAAACACCUCUGGUCGUCUCUCUGCUGUUCUUUGAUGAUGAGCGGAGUCAGCUGUAUGUCUCGCUUGAUCUGCAACUUCCUUCCAAGGUGCGUACACACGAGCUAAUGUUUCUUACCACAAGUCACGUCCCUCAUUUCUUUGAAUGGCUGCACAGAAGCGAGAUUGGGCAGCAAAUGGCAUGUACCUCUCGUCUAUUGAAGACCUCAGCGUUAUUGGAGUUGUAAUUCAUCAAAUCGGUCAGCCGAAGAUGAGAGUCAUUCUGUUACCAGGAGUAAAUGUCAGUGUACUACCCACCAGCAACGCUACAAUUGAAGAGUUCAGUUCGGACAGCCAUUGUCUUUGCAGAGGCGAUCGUCUGUUGUGACUCGCAAAGAUUCAUCAGAUCUCUUUUGCAGUGGGAAGUGCCAGGUGAGCUCGAAUUUUACGCGCUACCCAGAUAACAGCGCCCUUUGUAAUUUCCUUGGAGAUCUCACAAGUUGUGGGAUUUUGCAGUGAUGGAUCUGGAUGACAUGUUUAUUGACCCAAAAGUGAGUGAAACUCUUGUAAGGCCACUCUGUUUACACUCUCUUAAGGCACUAACAUCCGCCGUGAGCUCGUGCGAGCCUGGGAUGGCUGUCUUUCUACUGCUGAGAGAAGAUUCUUGCAUGGCAACUAGGUGAAAAUCUGGAGCAGUUGAUUGGAAAGGCGAAAGAAGGCGUUAAGGGGAAAGAAGUUCUGGAAUCCAGUACUAAAGGAAAUGCCUAUCUUCAGUGUGUUCACGCCAGCCUCAACCUCUGCAAUGAUGUUCAUGUGGCAUUGGUGGCAAGGACAAACAUUUCACUUCGUGAGGCAUUCAGAAACGGAUGGAGCAUCUUACGUCAAUUGGUGAAAAGCUGGUUGGCCGUCGGAUCAACUUGGCAAGUCCAAAGCAAGUGGCUCAAGCCUUAUACGAGGUAUCCACUGCAAGGUCAUGCAACUGAAAUGUGGUUUUCUUGGACACGGUUUCAGCUCGUGAGAAACUGCAGGACCUGAAGCUUCCGGUAGGAGCUGCUAAGAGUGUCGGUAUGGCCAAGAAGCGAGAGGCGCAGACCCACUCAACGACAAAUGAGGCUACACUCAGUCAACUCGCUUCUCUUCAUCAGUUUCCGGGCAUCGUUUUAGAAGUGAGCUCUUUUGGCAGUGAAGAGUAUUAAUGGUAGGGUGAUGCUGACCUUUUUUGUGGCUUCCAGUUCAGGCAACUUAUGAAAGUCAAGUCGACUUGGAUCGAUGGACUUCUGUCAAGUUCCUGCAGCGAAACGGUAUGGUAUUCUCUAGUGUUGCAUAUCAUUCACUUCAAUCAGCUUGCUCAGUAUUUUUGUGUGCUCAGGAUGGAUCUGCUAGGAUUCACUCUGAGUGGAAUGCUGCAAACACGGCAACAGGACGACUUUCAUCUUCCAACCCUAACUUACAGUGUGCCCAUAAUUUUCGCAGGUCAAUGUGUUCAGAGCUGGUCAACAGAGUGAUAUUUUCAGGCUCAUUGGGGCAGCCUUUUUUGGAAAGGCUGCAGACGCAGUCAAUGACCAGGAGCGGCAGCUGGUUAAGAGGCUAUGCUGUGAGUGAUGCUGUUUGUAAAAUGCUCGUCGUGUUGUAUGUUCAAUAUGCUAACCAAUGCUGCAGAUGGGAUUCUUUAUGGGCAAGGGAAGCAAGCCAUGGCUUCAAUUUUGGGAGUGGAGGUCGACAAGGCUCAACAAUUGCUGCAGAGCUUUUUGGAUCACUUUCCAAGUAUGAGGGACUUCAUCAAUCAAACUAUCAGCAUAGCCCGAAGGGAUGGCUUUGUCACAACCAUGUGGGGCCACCGCAGGCUGCUUCCAGGUAUUUCCUGUUUCUCUAAUUCUGCAUCCGUUGCAACAUCGUUUUUCUCACUGGUCACUUCUUUCAGAUAUGCAUGAACGCAAUUCAGAAAGGCGAGCUCAAGCAGAGCGGCAGUCGGUGAAUACCAUCAUUCAGGGCUCUGCGGCAGAAUUGAUGAAGCUGGCCAUGCUGGACGCCAGUGAACUUGUUCAGAAUAGCAAAGGAGAUAUUCAGAUCGUGAUGCAGGUAAGUACAACUGCGUGUGCAGACUGUGCACCUUCAACAACCUGCUCUUAUUUGUUGCAUCCUUCAGGUUCAUGACGAGCUAGUGUUGGAAGUUCCAGAAAAAGACGUUUUCGAAGUCUUCAAGGUGGUUAAGCAAAAGAUGGAAAAGGUUGCAUGCCUGGAUGUCCCACUGGUGGUGAAUGUCAGAGCAGGGCAUCGCUUUGGAAGCUUGCGCAUCAUAGAGCAAUGAUGUUUUGGCAAUGGUGUCUUGCUUGAAGUUUAUUAUAGGACUCACCCCCAGGAAUACUAACUUGUACAUGUCAGGCUGCUGUUAUGCGAAAUAGUAUGCUGAGUGGCCCUUUCAGUAAUGCAUUUCCACAACU